AUGGGAGGAAUGGGAGGCAUGGGAGGCAUGGGAGGAAGCGGCCGAGCCACACCCGUCGACAACUCUAAGCUCUAUGAAGUUUUGGGAGUAUCGAAGUCCGCCACUCCCGAUGAAAUUAAAAAAGCGUACAGAAAAUUAGCUAUAAAGAACCAUCCUGAUCGUGGCGGUGAUCCGGAGAAGUUCAAGGAGAUUUCCGCUGCUUACGAUAUUCUUUCCGACGAAAAGAAGCGAGCUCUUUAUGAUGAGGGUGGUAUUGAGGCAGUGAACAGCGGUAGUGCCGGAGGCGGUAUGAACCCGUUCGAUAUUUUUGUAAAUGGAAGCCGUGGUUCCAAUCGCCGUCGCCGAACCGAAAACAUUACCCGUGAGUACCCUAUCUCCCUCGAGGACCUUUACAAAGGCAAAAUCUCCAAAUUCCGCGUCACACACAAAAUCAUCUGUCCCACCUGCAAGGGCGUGGGCGGUGCCGACGGCUGCGAGCGUCCCUGCUCCGUCUGCAACGGCCGCGGCGUGCGCGUGCGCGUGAUCCAGCACGGCAACGUGAUCCAGCAGAUGCAGUCGCCGUGCACGACGUGCAACGGGAAGGGCCGCAUCAUCGACGACGCCAAGCGAUGCAAGAACUGUCUGGGCAACAAAGUGGUGUCGGAGACGAAGACGAUCGAAGUGGCCGUGGAGCGCGGCAUGAAGGACGGGCAGAAGAUCGUGCUGCCCUCCGCAGCGGACGAGGCUCCCGACGCGGAAGCGGGCGACAUCAUCUACAUCAUCCGGGAGAAGCCGCAUCCAGUGUUCAAGCGGCAAGGCCCGGACCUGAUGAUGCGGUACGAGAUCACGCUGGCGGAGGCGCUGUGCGGGUUCGAGCGCUACAUCGAGCAGCUGGACGGGCGCAAGCUGCACGUACGCGUGCCGGCGGGGAAGGUGGUGCGGCCGGGCGAGGUGAUGGUGAUCAGCGGAGAGGGUAUGCCGGUGUACGGCGCGCCGUUCCAGAACGGAAGCCUGUUCGUGCUGUUUGAAGUACUGUUCCCGGAGAAGAUGUCGGCGAGCGACGUGGAGGUGCUGAAGAAGCUGAUGAACUACCCGCCGCAGCCGAAGGCGGUGCCGAACUGCGACGAAGUGUCGAUGACGGAGGGGGAUGAGAACAUGUUCGGACAGAGCGUGCAGGAGCCGCAGCACAACGAGAAUGCGUAUGAUGAGGACGAGGAUGAGGAGCCCAGGGGAACGAACGUGGCGUGCCAGAGCCAGUAAGCUGGUUUUGCUUGU